UACUUAGCUCAUGGCUGUGUUAGGGGAGACAACAGAUGCUGAUCUGACAUCCAUGUUGGAGCCUUCCAGCAUCUGUUCUUUCCUGCAAGAGCUGAAUCCUAAGAAGUUCUGGUCUUCUACAAUACUGGUUCCUAACACCAGCCUUGGAAAGAGUGAGAGAUGAGGUGGUGUGAGGAAGAAUCUUUUACACAUGGAGAUGAGAUUGAGAAAGUGAAGCCAUGUUGUGUGCUAGCUAGGAGCAUUAAGUCUCUCUCUCUCUCUUUCUCUGAGUACAUGACUUGUCUGCUCUAAAAUGGCUGCACUCUCUCUCCUAAAGCUCAGAGGACUAGGGCAGCUUAGUGAGUCUUAAAGCUUCAGUGACGCAGGAGCUCACAUAUCUCUUGAAAGUGUGAUAAACACAUUCAGCAGAGCUGUGGCUUGUUGGCUCAGAUGAAAGGACUAUACUUGGAGGGGGAGGUGAUGAGGAUGGACAGGGAAAAGUGGAGGAUGUGCUUCUGUCUGUCUGUGUGUCUGUCUUUCCUUCCUUCUAGUUCUUCCUAUGGAGCAUUCUGAAUUCAGGAGUUGUCUGCUGCACCAUGGCAAGAGAAGAGGGCGGGGGAGGGAUUGUUUUCAGGUCUAAUGGACUGUGCUAAAGGAGACUUGUGGGGUGGGGCCUCCCUGCUCACUGCUGUAAUUUGAUCCAGAGCAGAUAGCAACCUCUUCCACACAGUCUGGUCUGGUGCUUGCACAUAAAAGAUUGAGUAUCUUGAUUGUUGUUAACUUUGUUAGCUGAAAAGAAGGCAGUGCCACUGUUCAUUCUUUCAAUGCAAGGAAGGAGAAGAGAGCAAAGAGGAAGGAGGCAGAGUGGUGAACCAACGCAUUGCAGGGUUUUAAAUCCUGUUGGUACAUGUGCCUUUGUGUUAAAAAAAAAAAAAAGACUGUGCUACCAGGAAGAACUUUCUUCUGAUGCAGAAUCCUGACAGCAAAGCCUUUCUUUAUUAUAAUACUGUUGUGCUUUGAGCACUCGGUAGCAGUAACUUUAUAUUGCUGUACAAUGAGAGAAGGGAAUUUUCAUCAGGACAUGUUUUGGCUGCUGUUCCAUCUCUUGGGCUUGUGGAGUUCCUAGGCUGAAUGUGACCUGCUUGAGUAUGUGAGGAGACUUUAAAAUAAGCAAUCCAUUCAUUAAGAUAAUAGUUGCUGCUGGAUCCAUGGAAUAAUGGCGUAGAGGUUUUCAAUUUAUCUUUCAUAUACAUGUCUUCCUACUGAAAGUGGAUUUCCUAAUGUAAAACUUACCAAUAAGGACUAUGGAGGUGCUACAGUGUGAUGGCUGUGAUUUUCGAGCACCAUCCUACGAAGAUCUUAAAGCUCACAUUCAGGAUGUUCAUACCGCAUUUCUACAGCCCACAGAUGUUACGGAGGAAACACCUGGUCAAUCAAGGUUUAGUUCCAUGAACAGCAAUGACCAGGCAGAGGUGGAAUAUUCUUCUGUAAAAGAUGAAUUUGCAGUUGGAGAUGACAUGGCAGGACAAAAUGCAGCUCAGUUGGGGACUGGAAAUUACUAUAGCCAUAGCCAGAAUUAUUAUGGCCAACAUAUGCUCUCCAAACCAGCAAACAAGUUUUUCCAGUGUAAAUUCUGUGUGCGUUAUUUCCGAUCCAAAAACCUUCUCAUAGAACACACACGAAAAGUGCAUGGUACUCAGGCUGGAGGAUCGCCAGCAGGGUCACCUGGUGCAGGCUCCUUAAAUUACAACAUCAUGAUGCAUGAGGGCUUUGGUAAGGUUUUUUCUUGUCAGUUCUGCACCUACAAAUCACCAAGACGUGCAAGGAUUAUCAAACACCAGAAGAUGUACCACAAGAACAGUCUGAAGGAGAGCUCCACUCCUCCUGCUGCUUCAGCUGCCAUCUCUGAAUCAGCAUCUACAUCCAUACCAGUACAGGACUCAUGUAAAGAGCUUCCAGCUGAAGUGGUAGAGCGCAGUAUCUUGGAAUCUAUGGUCAAGCCCUUAACUAAGUCAAGAGGCAACUUCUGUUGUGAAUGGUGUAGUUACCAGACACCUCGAAGGGAACGUUGGUGUGAUCAUAUGAUGAAAAAGCAUCGCAGUAUGGUGAAAAUAUUGUCAAGCCUGAGGCAGCAACAGGAUGGCACCAAUAUGCCAGAUGUAUCAAGCAAAGGUCCACCAAGCCCCACUGCAAACUCUAACUAUAUCCCCAUGAAUGCUUCUGGACGAGAGAUGCCUAAUGCAAACAUCCCAAACUACAGAAGUUCUAUGAACAAUUCCCUUGUCAGGUCCAACUCUUCAUCUUCUAAAUUCUCUUCUGUUUCCUAUCCUCCUAUGAAACAUAAGGCAUCUCACAACUCGGGCAUUGUUAAUUUGUCCGACAGAUCUCGCUAUGGGAUUGCUGAUAUUGCAAAUUCUUCUGCUGAUAUGGAUACAAACAGUAUGCUGAAUGACUCCAGUUCUGAUGAUGAGCUAAAUGAACUAGACAGUGAAAAUGGAUUGAAUUCCAUGGAUCACCAAGCCUCAGGAUUAACUGCGGAGCAGCUGAUGGGAUCUGAGGGCCACAAGUUACUGGAGACAAAGGGGAUUCCAUUUAGAAGGUUUAUGAAUAGGUUUCAGUGUCCUUUCUGCCCUUUCCUUACCAUGCAUCGGAGGAGCAUUUCCCGCCAUAUUGAAAACAUUCACCUGUCUGGAAAGACAGCAGUGUACAAAUGUGAUGAAUGUCCUUUCACUUGCAAGAGCUCAUUCAAACUUGGAGCUCAUAAACAAUGUCACACUGGUGCAGCCUCAGAUUGGGAUGCAGUGAAUUCUCAGACUGAAAGCAUAGCUUCUUCUUUAAAUGAAAGCACAGUAUCCUAUGAUGGGGGCAAUAUGAAUGGCAGGAAGUCUGGGGGAAUGAUGGAUUCCAUGCAGCAGCAGCAACAAUCUCCACAGUCCAAUUCACAGCAUCCGUAUAAAUGUACCAUGUGCAAUUACUCCACAACUACUUUGAAAGGCCUUCGGGUUCAUCAGCAGCACAAGCACUCAUUUUGUGACAACUUGCCAAAAUACGAAGGCCCCUCAUCAAACACGCCACAAGACAGUGAGCCUGAUGCUCAUGCCUCUCCCAGCACUGUGAAGAAAAGCCAGACCUCAAUUCUUGGGCUGUCUUCUAAAAACAACUUUGUAGCAAAAGCCUCUAGAAAGAUGUCCAAUGACUUCCCCCUAGAUCUCUCACCAGUGAAGAAGAGAACAAGAAUUGAUGAGAUAGCUAGUAAUUUGCAAAGUAAAAUAAGUCAAAACAAGCAGCAAGAAGAUGCAGUAAUUAAUGUAGAGGACGAUGAAGAAGAAGAGGAAGACAAUGAAGUGGAGAUAGAAGUAGAACUGGAUAAGGAAGAAGAACAAGCUGAGCCACUGAUGGAAAUGUCAUCAUUCACUUCCCAACCAAUGUGGGGAAGAGAUACCAGUGAGUCUCAGAAAGAGUCAAAUUACAGGAAUAUCCCCCAUGAUUACAAUUCCACCAAUGGGGCAGAAAUUGAACUAACUAUAUCUGAGGAUGAGGAAGACUAUUACUGUUCUUCAAUUGGCUUGAAGGACCAAGGUCUUAAUUCAUCUGCUUUAGGUAGCCAAUCAAGUAUAUAUGGAUCUGAUCAAAACAAUGAAAAUUCUGAUUAUGGUGAUUCUGGAAGGCUUUACUAUUGUAAACACUGUGACUUCAGCAACAAAUCUGCCAGGAGUGUUAGCACCCAUUAUCAGCGGAUGCAUCCCUACAUUAAAUUCAGCUUUAGAUAUAUCCUGGAUCCAAAUGAUCACAGUGCAGUCUAUCGAUGUCUUGAAUGUUACAUUGAUUAUACAAACUUUGAAGACCUGCAACAACAUUAUGGUGAACAUCAUCCUGAAGCUAUGAAUGUACUAAAUUUUGAUCAUUCUGAUUUGAUCUACCGUUGUCGUUUCUGUUCUUACACUAGCCCAAAUGUUAGGAGCCUAAUGCCACAUUACCAAAGAAUGCACCCAACAGUCAAAAUUAACAAUGCAAUGAUAUUCUCAAGCUAUGUGAUUGAGCAGCAAGAGGGAUUAAGCUCAGAGUCACAAACUCUGAGGGAGAUCUUGAACUCUGCUCCAAAAAGCCUUGCCACUUCAACUCCAGUUGGACGUGGGACUGGUGUAUCUGCUGCUUUUAGCAAAAAUUCUUCAAAAGGUAAUAGCCCAGAAUCUGAAAGUCAGAAGGAGUCAUCACUAAACAGUGUUGUGGUUUAUGACUGUGAUGUUUGCUCAUUUGCAAGUCCUAAUAUGCAUUCUGUCUUAGUGCAUUACCAGAAAAAACAUCCUGAAGAGAAGGCUUCUUAUUUCAGGAUUCAGAAGACUAUGCGGGUGGUAUCUGUCGAGAGGGGUUCUGCUCUAGCUCAGAUGGCUUAUGAAUUAGGAUCACCUGUCUCCCCCAAAAUGUCCAACAUGUCUUCACAGCUACCACCUCCACCACCUCCAGACCUUACCACUGAGCUUUACUACUGCAAACAUUGCUCUUACAGCAACCGCUCAGUGGUUGGAGUGCUAGUGCAUUACCAGAAAAGGCAUCCAGAGAUAAAAGUGACUGCAAAAUAUAUUAGGCAGGCACCUCCCACUGCAGCAAUGAUGAGAGCUGGAGAUAUGCCUCCUGGUGUUCACAGAGCACCAGUAUCUAUGCAACAGCUUAACAGAGGCAGUUCCGAGAGUACUGUAGCUCCCUCAGAGAAUGAGAUGUUCUUCUGCCAGCACUGUGAUUAUGGAAACAGGACUGUGAAAGGUGUACUCAUACAUUACCAAAAGAAGCAUCGUGAUUUCAAAGCCAAUGCAGAUGUGAUUCGGCAGCACACUGCCACAAUCAGGAGCCUUUGUGAUCGUAGCCAGAAAAAUUCCCCUGGUGGCCUACAGAGCCCCUCUUCUAAUACCGAGCGAGAAAAGGCUAAGCUAAGAGCUCUCAAAUGUAGGCAGUGUUCUUACACAUCUCCUUAUUUCUACGCUUUGCGGAAACACAUUAAAAAGGACCACCCAAGCCUGAAGGCCACAGUCACAUCUAUUUUGCGAUGGGCAUUUUUGGAUGGCUUGAUAGAGGCUGGAUAUCACUGCGAAUGGUGCAUCUAUUCUCAUGCAGAGCCUAGCGGCUUGCUUGUUCAUUACCAAAGGCGACAUCCUGAGCAUUAUGUUGACUACACCUACAUGGCAACAAAACUCUGGGCAGGGCCAGAUCCUUCUCCUCCAGCUCUACUAAUUCCAUCUGAGAUGAAAAGCUAUAAAUGCAGAGAUUGCAUUUUUGAGGCAUCAUCCAUUUGGGACAUUACUAAUCACUACCAAGCUUUUCAUCCCUGGGCUAUGAAUGGAGAUGAAUCAGUAUUGCUAGAUAUCAUCAAAGAGAAAGAUGCUGCUGAUAAAGUCAACCCAGCAUCCAAUGAUGCUGGGACCAGGAUGAAUUCUGAGGACCAGAUAGCAGCAUCACAGGUAGACCAUGAUACAGAAUAUGCAGAGGAUUCAAACCUUUCCCAAGACAAAGCUAUUCAGCUUACUUCAGUGAAUCCUGCAAUAUCCUCCACACCAUAUCAGUGCACAGUGUGCCAGUCAGAAUAUAACAAUUUGCAUGGGCUUCUGACUCAUUAUGGUAAAAAACAUCCUGGGAUGAAAGUUAAAGCUGCAGAUUUUGCACAAGACAUAGAUAUUAACCCUGGAGCUGUGUACAAAUGUAGGCAUUGCCCAUACAUUAAUACCCGCAUCCAUGGUGUUCUCACACACUAUCAGAAAAGACAUCCCUCAGUAAAGGUCACUGCGGAAGAUUUUGUGCAUGAUGUGGAACAACCUAAUGACAUGAACCAGAAUGAUGUGGAAGAGACUAGUAGAAUUUUCAAGCAAGGGUAUGGUGCUUACAGGUGUAAAUUGUGCCCUUACACACAUGGCACUUUAGAGAAACUCAAAAUUCAUUAUGAAAAAUAUCAUAACCAGCCUGAGUUUGAUGUGUUUGCACAAUCUCCUCCUAAAUUCCCUGCUUCUCUGGAGCCUGAAGUAGUCACUGAAAUGAAGCCUUCUCCAGAAAUUGCUCCUGAGGAGAUUGUUGGAGAAGAUUCAGUGCCUCCUUCACACUUCUCAAGUUCCCAUUUGGUUUCUCACACUGUAUUCCGAUGCCAGCUCUGUAAGUAUUUUUGUUCUACCAGGAAGGGGAUAGCUAGGCACUACCGAAUAAAACACAACAAUGUUCGGGCCCAACCAGAAGGCAAGAAUAACCUCUUUAAAUGUGCUUUAUGUUCCUAUACGAACCCUAUUCGUAAAGGUUUGGCUGCACAUUAUCAGAAACGCCAUGACAUUGAUGCUUACUAUACUCAUUGCUUAGCAGCUUCAAGGACUGUCAGUGACAAGCCGAAUAAAGUGAUCAUUCCGUCGCCCCCAAAGGAAGAUUCUCCUCAACUAAGUGAGGAGCUGAGGAGGGCAGUGGAGAAAAAGAAAUGCUCUCUCUGCUCUUUCCAGUCUUUCAGUAAAAAAGGAAUUGUGUCCCAUUACAUGAAACGGCACCCUGGAGUGUUCCCUAAGAAGCAACAUGCGAGCAAGCUGGGGGGUUACUUCACUGCUGUGUAUGCUGAUGAAUAUGAAAAGCAGCAAGUUCCACCAGAGGAGAGGAAUGAUUUUGAAAAGCCAGAGGUAGAGAUGGAGGCCCCAGAAUUUGAGUGGCUUCCCUUCCGGUGUAUCAAGUGUUUCAAGCUCUCCUUCAGCACAGCCGAGCUGCUGUGCAUGCAUUACACGGAACACCACAGCAAGGAUUUGAAGAGAGACUUUACCAUACUGGGAAGUGGUGCCCGCUUUCAGAACCCCCUCUUCCAGUGCAGGCACUGUGAUAGUAAACUGCAUAGCACAGCGGAGCUGACCUCACACUUGAACAGUCACAAUGAGGAAUUCCAGAAGCGUGCCAAACGUCAAGAGAGGAGGAAGCAGCUUCUGAGCAAGCAAAAAUAUGCAGAUGGUGCUUUUGUAGAUUUCAAACAAGAGAGGGACUUGCAAUCCCAAGAGCUUUACAGAAAUUUUUCUCAGUCAAAAAGCAUGCAGAUCUACUCAGUGCUUAAAACUCCUUUUGGUAGCUUGGAAGAAGUUUCAAAACUGAAGGAGAGGAAGGUGGUGGGCUACAAGUGUAAAUUUUGUGUGGAAGUUCAUCCAACUCUUCGAGCCAUCUGCAACCACCUUCGUAAGCAUGUCCAGUAUGGAAAUGGCUCCUCAGUCUCUGCUGCAGUCAAGCAGGAAGCUGAAGAUCCUUCACAUGCAGCUUUCUUGGAGGGUGUUGAGGGAGCCAAAGACCCUGGCAGUGUUGCCACUGUGGAACUUGCAGAAGCUGAAUCUGGACCAUCACUGGAAGAUGAAACCAGACCUGGUGGCUACCACUGCAGCCAGUGUGACCGGGUUUUGAUGUCUAUGCAGGGUCUACGAUCGCACGAGAGAAGUCACUUGGCACUGGCCAUGUUUACUCGUGAAGACAAGUACAGCUGCCAGUAUUGUUCCUUUGUCUCUGCUUUCAGGCACAAUUUGGAUCGCCAUAUGCAAGCCCACCAUGGACAUCAUAAACCAUUCCGCUGCAAACUCUGUCCUUUCAAGUCCUCCUAUAACAGCCGGCUGAAAACUCACCUACUCAAAGCUCAUGCUGGUGAACAUGCCUACAAAUGCUCCUCCUGCUCAUUUUCCACCAUGACAAUCAGCCAGCUGAAAGAGCAUUCCCUGAAAGUGCAUGGGAAGGCACUGACACUACCAAGACCACGCAUUGUCAGCCUUGUAACCUCGCAUGCUCAACAUGCCUCCAAGAACCACACUACCGCUGAAGAAGUGGAAGACUCUAAUGAUUCUUCCUAUUCAGAGCCUCCAGAUGUCCAACAGCAAUUGAACCACUACCAGUCCGCAGCUCUGGCAAGGAACAAUAACAACAUUAGCCCUAUCCCACUCUCUGGAGCAGACCAAAAAUCUGAAACCAUCCUUAACUGUGAAUUUUGUGAAUUCUCCUCGGGUUAUAUUCAGAGUAUUCGGCGUCAUUAUCGUGACAAACAUGGAGGGAAGAAGCUGUUCAAGUGCAAAGAUUGUUCCUUUUACACAGGCUUUAAAUCUGCUUUUACUAUGCAUGUGGAAGCUGGGCAUUCAGCAGUUCCUGAGGAAGGACCCAAAGACCUCCGCUGUCCGCUCUGUCUGUACCACACCAAAUAUAAACGGAACAUGAUUGACCAUAUCGUCCUUCACAGAGAAGAACGAGUGGUUCCCAUAGAAGUGUGCCGUUCCAAGCUGUCCAAAUAUUUGCAGGGAGUCGUUUUCCGCUGUGACAAGUGUACCUUCACCUGUUCCAGUGACGAGAGCCUACAGCAACACAUAGAGAAGCACAAUGAGCUGAGACCGUACAAAUGCCAACUUUGCUACUAUGAGACCAAGCACACAGAUGAGCUGGAUGCUCAUCUUCGAGAUGAGCAUAAGGUGAGUCGAAAUUUUGAGCUGGUUGGACGGGUUAACUUAGAUCAGUUGGAGCAAAUGAAAGGAAAAGCAGAGAGUUCCAGCAGCGAUGAGGAAGAAAAGGAAGAGGAAAUGAGUCCCAAGACAGAAGGAAGAGGAUCCAUGAGGUUUUCAGAGAAUGGACCCCCAGAAAAACGUUUCCCAUGUGAAUUUUGUGGUCGGACGUUUGCAGAGGGCUCUGAGUGGGAACGGCAUGUUCUUAGGCAUGGCAUGGCUGUAAAUGAAACCAACCGAGUGAUUAGUGAAGAUGGCCAGCCAAAAGAGAAUGCAGAGGAGAAUGUUAAGGUACCAAUGGCAGAAGAGAUGGAAAGCAGUGCGAAAGUAGUUGUGGACUUUUCCCACAAGAAUGAACCUGCCGUCUGUAUUGUUGCUGUUGCUGCUGAUAAAUCACUCCAAGAGAACGCAGAGGCCAAAAGCGAAUGAGCACCUGGUGUGAUUUCAAACAACCUACUUGAACAGUGAUGGAUGGGAUGGGGAGGGGAGGGGGACAAGGAAGAAUCAAAGCUGCUUUUAGGACUGAAUGAUCUAUUUUCAAAGCACUGGUACCUGUAUGUGUGUGUGCGUGUGCGUGUGUACAUAUAUUAAAUUUAUUUAAUUGAGGAUGAUGACAUAUGUGGCUCCAUUACGUCUCUGCAACUCUUCUGGAUCUUGAUCAUGGGAAGUUUCUUUCAUUUGGACCUGAGAAGCAAACUCCAAAUGUUCCUUGCAUGAUGCCACUGUGCUUUGCCAUGGAGGAUUUGGAUUGUUUCGGCGACGGAAGUGUCACAAGAAUGGAAGAAUGCAGGGGACAACUUUCAGCGCACAAAUGUGGGCGCUUUUUUUUUCUAGUUUUAAUAUACAUAUUACGCUUUUCCAGACUGACUGACUGACUGACUUGCUUUAGAAGAAGAAAACAAAACAAAAAAACUGCUUUUGCUUAAAACAGUCACCUGUUUCCUAGUACCUCAGAAUUAACCAAGGGAAAUUUAAAAAAAAAAUACAAUCUCUGCAUUUGUCAGUACUACCUGUUGUCAUUGUGGUUAAAUGUGGAGAAAGACUGCUGGGCAAGAUGGUGAAUGGAAGUGAAACAAAACCACAACGUUUUAAAAGAAAGGAAAACAAAAUUGUGCUCAAAAUCCCUGUGGGGGUUUUAUUUCUUAAAAUACUGUGAUUUUUUUAAUUAUUUUAGUAAAAAAAAUACAAAAAAGAGAGAGAGAGAAUUCCUAGAUACCUGUCUGUGACUUGUCAUCUUUUAUUCCAGGUAAGCUGUUUGUUAGCGUUCAGCUAUGAUUUUAGGGUGUGUGUGUGUUUUUUAAAAAGACUCAUGUGACUGACUUUGUGCCGUUCUUGUUUUGCCCCAUGUCUAUGUCUGCUCAGCCUGAGGGAUUACAAAUACAGCACAAUUAAGGUUUUUUUCAUGUAAAGUAACGUUAUUUCCCCAUCCUAGUCCCCCUCCCACCCAGGAUACAGGGUUGGGAAGGAGGAUUAGUUCUUGUGAAUAGAAUGUUUCUCUUUUUCACCCCUUUUUAGUUUUAAACAUAUGGAAAUAGCAAAGAAUUAACUUUUUUUAAAGAAAAAACAAAAACCAUUAAACUAAGAACCAAACUUACAGCACAGCUAUGCAGGUUGUGGACCAAUCAAAAGGGUCCUCAUAAUCAUUCUGUUGCUUGUCAAAUUGAACAUCUCUCACUGGUUAUUGUUUCGGUUAUUAAGAACGGUUGCCUUUUUUUUAAUGUGGUGUGUCUUGUUUUGGUGCGAUGGGGGGAGGA